UGGAGCUCGGCAUGGACGGGGCGGCUCGGAGGGGGGCCCUGGCCGCGCUGCUGCUGCUACUGCUGCUGGCCGCCUGCUGGUUAGUGCUGGGCGCCGGUGCCUCGCCGACCCCUCCCGGAGCCGCCCCGCAGCAGGACACUUGCACCUCGUGCGGCUUCCGACGGCCUCCUGAGGAGCGCGGGGCCGUGGACGGCGAUUUCCUGGAGGCCGUCAAGCGGCACAUCCUGAGCCGCCUGCAGAUGCGAGAGCGGCCCAACAUCACCCACGCUGUGCCCAAGGCGGCCAUGGUCACGGCACUGCGCAAGCUGCACGCCGGGAAGGUGCGCGACGACGGCCGCGUCGAGAUCCCCAGCCUGGACGGCCAGGCGAGCGGCGGCCCCGCGGCGCACGAGCAACUCUCCGAGAUCAUCAGCUUCGCCGAGACAGAUGACCUGGCUUCCUCUCGAGUGCGCCUCUAUUUCUUCAUUUCCAAUGAAGGGAAUCGGAACUUGUUUGUGGUUCAAGCCAACCUGUGGCUUUACUUGAAGCUGCUUCCAUAUGUCUUGGAGAAAGGCAGCAGGCGAAAAGUAAGAGUCAAAGUGUAUUUCCAAGACCCGGACACUAGCAGCAAGUGGAAUGUGGUUGAAAAGAAAGUUGAUCUCAAAAGAAGUGGCUGGCACACAUUUCCCAUGACAGAACCAAUCCAGGCUCUGUUUGAGAAAGGGGAAAGAAGACUGAACUUGGAUGUUCAGUGCGAAGGCUGCGAAGAGUAUUCAGUGCUGCCAAUUUAUGUGGACCCCGGGGACGAGUCUCACCGGCCUUUUUUAGUGGUGCAAGCCCGGUUGGCUGACAACAAGCACAGAAUCCGGAAAAGAGGCCUGGAGUGUGAUGGCAGGACCAAUUUAUGUUGCAGGCAACAGUUUUUCAUUGACUUUAGACUCAUUGGGUGGAAUGACUGGAUCAUAGCGCCACAUGGUUACAAUGGGAAUUACUGUGAAGGGAGCUGCCCGGCCUAUUUGGCUGGUGUCCCGGGCUCGGCUUCCUCUUUUCACACAGCAGUGGUGAAUCAGUACCGCAUGCGAGGGCUGAACCCAGGCACUGUGAACUCCUGUUGCAUCCCGACCAAACUUAGCUCGAUAUCCAUGCUGUACUUUGAUGAUGAAUACAACAUCGUGAAGAGGGACGUUCCCAAUAUGAUUGUGGAAGAAUGUGGUUGUGCCUGAUUUGGGGAAGGGGUGUGUUUGACAAGGGACAGGAGGUCUAGGACAUUCCUAUACAGAAAUGGAAUUAGAAGGGUGGUUUUUGCUGCAUAUUCUUCCAGGCACGGAUGCUGUUAAAAAAAAAAAAAUCACCGCAGAGAGGCAAUAGCAGCAAGGAGCAGAGAUUACAACAGCAGCAAAGAUAUGUGUAUUGUUUCACUCUGUUGUCAGGGCCGUGGCAGUUCGUGGUUCUCGGACACUAAAAUAUGCUACCACUUAUAGACUAAUGCUAUGAAGUACCUUAAUCCCACCCACACACCCAAGGACACAAAGCACACACACACACAGAGAGAGAGAGAGUGAUACACACAAACACACACGGUUGCAUGAUGCAGGUUGGAGGACAGAAGCAAGUUUAAACAAAGAAAAGAAAGGGAGUUAAAUGUCUGCCAGUGAUUAAAAAACAAUACAGUGGGCCAAUAGCCAUUUCAUCUGUCAGCCAGCCAGCCAGCCAUGUGUUUAGAAUGAAACCACUGGGAAGCACAAAAAGAGAAAACAGUCUAAUAUAUUCGCAUACGCAGGUAUUUAAGUGACCAAACGACCAACCUUCACCUCUAAGGUCUAAAAAGGGGAAGGAGUAGCAGGCUACCUGAUUUACAACAUGAUGAGCCCUUCUUCUUGAGGUUAAACAUAAUGUGUAUAUAUAUAUAUUUUUAAAGAAAUCACAAAUGGCCUAUAGCACUUCCAGAGUAGAAUAUUGCUACGAGAGAAAUAUACUUAAGCAAGUAACGUGAGCUUAAUAUAAUCACAGUUGCUGUAUUCUUCUGAAUGGUAUGUUGGCAUGAUUUCAUGCUUUUAACGGGCUAUGAGAUACUCCCAUCCUCACCCCAUGUGGGAUCGGUAUCCUGGCCGCGUCAUCUCAAAAAGGGCUUGGGUCCAUCCUGUCCCCAUUUUUUGUUCGCUGUUCAUCUCGACAGUCUUCACCUUCUCAGAACAUCGGCGACAUCAAAAGUUGCAGCUUGUGUCCCAUGUCAGGGGAAUCGGCAAGAGCACGUUUGGAGCGGCUGGGGAGGAGUAACAGGGAGAAGAGGAAAUGGAUAGCGGUGAUGAAUUAUAGCCACACAGUGGAUACAUUUCGAGGGAGUGUAUGCGGGUGUGGAAAUGCAAGGCGUUUUGUAACGGUUGAGGAACAUUGGAGAAGACUUGCGGAUGGGUGGGGGGAAACGAGAGUGGGGAGAGGUGUUUUUUGUUUGUCUGUUUAAUUAAAAAGAAAAACCCUUUCCAGAAUAUGUCAAGGAUGGCUGCAGAGCUCAACCCCCCACCCCGUGCUACAGCAUAGCACUCACAAACUGCUUGAAUGCACAUUAUUAUAGCACUUGCAGAUUUCAAUGCCUUGAAUGGUUGGGACUUGGUGGUGCACUUCUCUUUGCUCACUUAUCUCUAGGUUAAAAACAAGUGCCGCAUGAGCUAUGCAAUUUUUAAAAAAGUGUUGACCCGUACUAGAUGAAACUGGACUGAAAUGAGAUGACUUUUAAAUAUUUUUUUUAUACUUGAAAUUAAAUCUUUUGCUUCUUUUUUUUAAAAGCGAAUGAUUGCUUUUCAUGUUUGCACUGAUGUAGUUGCACGACUUAGUCAAGAGAAAACUGCCAUUUGAAGAAGAAGAAGAAAGGUUAUUUUUAUAGCAGCAAUAAUGAUGAUGAUGAUGAUGAGGAUGAACACAGUGAAAUGUAUUAUACAUAAGAUUUUGGAACCAAAGAGGCCAACAUAUUAAUUGUAAUUUUUAUCAGAUGGCAAGGUCAUCAUAUAUCUAUAUAUCAUGUAAUGAUACUGAAUA